AUGAUUGGAUCACAGGAGUGGAGUGUCAACCAGGCCGCCUCCUCUUCCUCUUCCUCCUCGUCGCAACCCUUCGUCCCACCUACCUUCUCCUCGCUCCCGUCCGCCGUCUCGACAUUUGGCGCUCCAGCUCAUCUCCUGGCUCAGUACACCUCUCAACCACCCACCAAUCUCUCCCUCAAAAAACUCCUCUCCCUCAGCCCUACGACUACCACUCCACCCUCGCAGGCUCAGGUGCACGAGUCUGCUCUCUUCACCUCGCAGGAACUGCCCAUACGAAUGGCGAGACGAGUAGCAUCUUUUCGAUCCCUACCCUUCAUCGUGGGCGCUAACCCGCACAUAGGUCGCGUGGCCCGCUUGUACGCCGAGAGCUUUGAGAUUCUCGCAAAUUGGUCGGAUCGACUUCGCAAAGGAGGAGAAGGAGAGGAGGAACGCUUCGUCGAGCUGCUUCGCCAGUUGGUGGAGCGUCAUCGCGAUAAUAUUCCAGACCUUGCCCGCGGUUUCCUCGAGUGCAAAAAGUACAUGUCCCCAGCAGCACUUAGCGCCUUCCUGGACGAGGCCAUCCACUCUCGCAUCGGCAUCCGACUCAUCGCUGAACAGCAUCUGGCACUUGCGUCAAACUAUUUCAGACAAGGGGUCAGCUACCAGGCGACGGGAUACAAUCCAUCCCGCUCGUCCAUCGCCGCUUCCACCUCCAGGCUGACGGCCAUGACCAGCGCAGGUGGGACGAUUCACACCGACCUCUCGCCAUACGACGUCCUCAAGCACGUCGAGAAGGGCGUGUCGGCUCUCUGCCAGUCCACUCUUGGGCAGGCACCACAGCUGCUCAUUGAGGGUCACAUUGAUGCAACCUACGUCGGCGUGCCUGUGCACCUCGAGUACGUCCUCACCGAGCUGCUCAAGAACUCGUUCAGGGCUAAUGUGGAGCGCAGCCAGAAGCUGCGUGAGGAGGAGGUUCGACCAGUCAAGGUGACGAUUGCCAAGAGUCGCAGGCAUAUCUCGUUGAGGAUAAGGGACAGGGGCGGGGGCAUUCAUCCGAGAGACUUGGAUAGGGUAUUCAGCUACGCCUUUACUACCGCUGGCCGUGAGCCGGGCAGCGAUGAAGCCAAUUCAGUGGAUGAGGCGGGUCCCUAUUCCAUUCAAGCGACCGCCGGUGGUGGUGGAGGCUUGACAGCUCUGGGCGCUUCAGGGUUGCAGAGUAGCUUAGGCACUCUCGCGGGUCUGGGCUAUGGUUUGCCGAUGGCAAGGAUCUAUGCGACGUAUUUCGGUGGUGGGUCGGAGAUGGCUGUUGUGAGCUUGUGGGGGGAGGGAUGUGAUGCGUUUGUCAGGCUGCCGAGGGAUCCCAGAGGGGAAGGGGGAAUGCCGUGA